AUACUAGGUGCCACAGAAACCUAUCUUUUAACAGCAAUGGCCUUUGACCGCUUCAUAGCCAUAUGCAACCCUUUAAGGUAUCCAUCCAUAAUGACUAUCAUAUCUUGUUUUGAGUUGGCAGCUUGCUGUUGGGUUAUUGGCUUCCUUGGACCUUUAACACAAAUCAUUUUGUUGUCUCGUCUUAUUUUCUGUGGUCCAAACAGAGUUGAACAUAUCUUCUGUGACUUUAAUCCAGUGAUGAAUUUGGCCUGUUCAGAUAUUUCACUUAAUGUUAGGGUUAAUUUUGCCAUCAAUUCCUUUCUUCUUUUUCUUGCUUUCACUUGUAUUAUUCUAUCCUAUUUUAAAAUAAUUUCCACUGUGUUAAAAAUAAAGUCAGCAGAGGGCAGAAAAAAAGCAUUUUCUACAUGUGGAGCUCAUUUGACAGUGGUCUUUCUUUUUUUUGGUAGUGCGAGUUUUAUGUAUGUUAGACCAAUCAAAACAAACUCUGCAAACUAUGACCGCCUAAUGGCUGUGAUUUACUCAGUUUUAACACCAAUGUGCAAUCGAGUAAUUUAUAGCUUAAGGAAUCAAGAAAUUAGACGAGUACUGAGAAAGAAGGUGAAACUCUUUUUUAAGUCGCAAACCUUUUUAAACAAAAGUGAUCUUGCAAAAUUACACAACGUGGAUCUGUCCCUUGGUGGAUCUAUUUUCAGGACACCUCUUUAA